ACACUAUCAAAUAGAAAUAUAAAAUAGUAAGAUACAGUGCAUCUUUGUAUCUUAAUAAAAUAUGUAUAGUAAGACUAGUAGUACUUGUUUCCCUUUCUCUGAUUCCUUUUGAAACGAGCAAAAAACAAGAGUAGUUUGAGAUACUAGACUGUGUAUGUGUGGGUGAAUAUGGGAGAGACAGCGAACCACCCACCACCCGUGGCACCGGCACCGGCGCCAGCACCACCACCGCCUAAUCUUGCACUUUCAAGGGGCCCCACUUGGACUCCAGCUGAACAACUCUUGCAGCUUCACUACUGCAUCCACUCCAAUCCUUCAUGGCCACAAGCACUUUUACUUGGUUUUCAACACUACAUUGUUAUGCUUGGAACAACGGUUCUGAUCGCAACUACACUAGUGCCUCAAAUGGGGGGUAAUCAUGGUGAUAAAGCACGCGUGAUUCAGUCAUUGCUGUUUAUGUCCGGUGUGAACACGCUACUACAAACAUGGUUCGGAUCAAGGCUUCCUACAGUGAUGAAUGCAUCAUUUGCUUUUGUUCUUCCUGUGCUCUCCAUCAUUAAUGAUUACACCGACAGAGUAUUUCCAUCGGAACACGAGAGGUUUAUCUACACAAUGAGAACAAUACAAGGGUCUCUUAUUGUUUCUUCCUUCAUCAACAUCUUCCUUGGGUAUAGCAAGUCAUGGGGAAGUUUAACAAGAUUGUUUAGUCCUAUAGUCAUUGUACCUGUGGUAUGCCUGGUGGGUCUUGGUCUUUUCAUGAGAGGCUUUCCACAGCUUGCAAAUUGUGUGCAGAUUGGACUACUUAUGCUCAUACUACUUGUCAUAACCCAACAGUAUUUGAAGCGUAUUCAUCCCUCCAUGAAUCAUGUUCUUGAGAAGUUUGCUUUACUUAUCUGCAUUGCUAUCAUCUGGGGAUUUGCCGCCAUCCUUACCGUGGCCGGUGCAUACAACAAUUCCAAAGAACGGACACAAACCAGUUGUCGCACGGAUCGCUCAUACCUCAUGUCUUCUGCACCAUGGAUUAAAAUUCCAUACCCAUUUCAGUGGGGUACUCCAAUAUUCAGAGCCAGUCAUGUCUUUGGGAUGAUGGGAGCUGCACUUGUCACAUCUGCAGAGUCAACUGGGACUUUCUUUGCAGCAGCCAGAAUCUCUGGUGCAACACCACCUCCAGCCCAUGUGCUCAGCCGAAGUAUUGGGCUUCAGGGUAUAGGCAUGCUGCUUGAAGGCAUUUUUGGUGCUGCUGUUGGUACUACUGCAUCAGUUGAAAAUGUUGGACUACUUGGUCUAACUCAUAUAGGAAGCAGAAGGGUAGUGCAGAUAUCUUGUGGUUUCAUGAUCUUCUUCUCAAUAUUUGGGAAGUUUGGAGCAUUUUUUGCAUCAAUUCCCUUACCAAUCUUUGCUGCUAUAUAUUGUGUUCUAUUUGGUAUUGUGGCUGCUGUUGGGAUCUCAUUUAUACAAUUUGCCAACAACAAUUCCAUGAGAAAUAUCUAUGUUUUGGGGGUAUCCUUGUUUCUUGGGAUUUCAGUACCUCAAUAUUUCAUCAUGAACACUGCCCCAGAUGGACAUGGCCCAGUUAGAACAAACGCUGGAUGGUUUAAUGACAUUUUGAACACCAUAUUCUCUUCUGCUGCAACUGUUGCAAUAAUUGUUGGGACUAUUCUUGAUAACACACUUGAGGCAAAGCAUGCAGCUAAUGACAGAGGAAUGCCAUGGUGGGUUCCUUUCCAGAACAGAAAGGGAGAUGUUAGAAAUGAUGAGUUUUACGGUCUUCCUCUUAGGAUAAACGAGUAUAUGCCCACCAGAUUUCUCUAAAAGCUGGUUUUUUAUUUAAAUAAAUAGAAAAAGUUCAGUGUUUCCAAUUCUAAGUAAACUUAUCAAUAGGGUCUUGUGAAAUGUGGAUAUGGUUUUCCAAACCGGGUUUUAAUUCGCAGUAGACAUUGUAAGAUUGAAUCACUUUUAAUUUCGAGUGUAAUUAUAGGUAGAUAUUAAUUAAUAAUAACAGUUAUGGUAAGUGCUUUAUU